AGCAGAAGGCAGGGCUUUAAAAAGGGGAGAAAAGCUCAAAGUUGGGGUAGGUGGGUGGAAGGGAGCAGAUGGCUGCUCUGAAGUGAAAGUGCUGCCCAGGAGCUCAUUGCCUGAGACUUGACACCACAGACCUGUACUAACCUACAUAUGAGAGGCCCAGGACUGAGUGUGCAGGUCAGAGACUAGACUGAAGUGAUUUACUCUGGAAGCUAAAGGAGGCUGGGGCAGGAAGUGGUCUGAGGGAUGGCUGAUUAGCACCCCAGUGUGCCAAUUGGAGACACCCACACAUUGGGCCCUGGACCAGAGCCUAGUGGAGAGGGUAGCCUGGGCUCCCCUACCCAUUCCAAGAGGACAUUACAACAACAAAGAGCUUUCACCUAGGCUGAGAGGCCAGCUGGAAAAGACUGUUCAAGGGCCCAGUCCCCCAAAUUCCUGUGCUAUGGGGGGGACUGGAAACCCUUGGGGUUGACAAGUUGCUAGAAAGACUGGGAGCAGCCAAGUAUAUCUCCACCCUAGACCUCGCAAAGGGGUACUGGCAAAUCCUCUGAUGUCAGAGUCUCAGGAGAAGACUGUUUUCUCCACCCCAUUAGGUCUGUGCUAAUUCUGAACUAUGCCAUUCAGCCUCUAUGGGCAGCAGCCACUUUCCAGAAAGUCAUGCACCAAGUGCUGCAGCCACAUGGCCAAUAUGUGGCAACAUACAUAGAUGACAUAAUGAUUUACAGUCAUAAUUGGGAUGACUAUGUGCAACAUGUCAUGUCCACCCUACAAGCCCUUGAGAGUGCAGGACUCAAGGUGAACUCGAUCAAGUGUAGAAUGGCAAACUGGGAGGUCACAUACCUUGGCUACACUGUGGGAUGGGGCAGAUUACGAGCACUAAUUGGCAAAGUUCAGGCCUUAUAACUUUUCCCAUCCCAACAACCAGAAAACAGGUAUGGAGCUUUUUGGGUCUAGUGCGCUAUUAUAGAUGAUUCAUAGCAGAUUUUGACACUCUUGCAGUGCCCCAAACAGAUCUUGUGAAGGUACUAGUCCCUAAAAGAUCAUUUGGUUGGAAGAGUGCAACAGGGCAUUUAGGACUCUAAAGAACCAUGUGUGUCAGGACCUGGUACUUUUUCACCCAGACUUUGAAAAAAAAGUUUGUUGCAAACGGAUGCCUCUGCAGGAGGACUUGGAGCAAUCCCUUCCCAGGAAGUUGAGGGAGAGGAGCAACUUGUCCUCUAUAUAUGCAGGAAACUGUUCCCCUGGGAGAUGGCCUAUUCGAUCAUAGAAAAAGAAGCUUUGGCUGUGAAAUGGGCUCUAGAUAUUAUUUAGUGGGAAACCCCUUCUCAUUAGUGUUGGCUGAACGACAUGAAGGACAUCAACCUCUGGAUUAUGCAAUAGUACCUUUCAUUACAACUGUAUAGUUUUCAGGUAUUUCACCAUGCUGGGAGAACCCACCAGAAUACAGAUUUCUUUUCCCACAAGGGUGGGGACGCAGGGCUGGAGAACAAGAUGCCAUGUCCUGUUUUGAGGGAGUGGGUAUGUGAUGGGGUAUACAAAUCCCACAUUGGAGAUCAAGGGGUUAAGAAACAGCUCUGGGCUCGGGCAGCCCCUCUCAGACACACCUGUCAAGCCUGCACAACCUGGAGGCAGGGCUUUAAAAAGGGGAGAAAAGCUCAAAGGGGGAAAAGGAUGGAAUGGAGCAGACAGCUUCUCUGAGGGGAAAGUGCUCCCAGGAGCUGAUUGCCUGAGACUUGACACCACGGAUCUGUACCAGCUUACAAAGGAGCGGCCGGGGACUGAGUGUGCAGGUCAGAGACUAGACUGAAGUGAUUUACUCUGGGAAGCUAAAAGAGGAAGUGGUCCAGGGGAGCGGCUGCUUAGCACUCCAGUGUGCUGAUUGGAACCACCCAACCACAGGCCAGUGGAGAGGGUAGCCCAGGCUCCCCUACCCACUCCAAGAGGACAUUACGGUGAUAAAGAGCCUUUACCUAGGGUGAGAGGCCAGCUGGAAAAGACUGACUGUUCGAGAGCCCAGUCCCCCAAAUACCUGUGCUAAAGGGGAGGACUGGAAACCUUUUAGGUGAGGCACUGAAGGACAGGACUCUGUUUCCACAGGGAGACGACCUACCAACCCCUGCAUGAUCACUAGGCAGCACCUCCUACAGGCAGAAACAUCAGGUAGUAUAAAGGGAAGAGGAAGAAAGGAGCCAAAGCGGAGGACCCUUUCCCGAUAAAAGCAUUGCUGCCAUUGGGAUCUCGGCAUCAGAACUGCUGCACCCGAGUACAGAGGGGAAGGGGAGCAAUGGAUCCCCCCAGCUACCUGGAAGAGGACUAUUCCAGCCUGGACGGGCUGGACGAUGACGUGUUUCACUCUGACUUUGGACUCACAGGUCAGCCUGGUGAGAUGACCCCUCCUGGCAUUUUCACACAGAACCAAUCCUACAGCUGUCUCCUGGGGAGGUUUCAACUGUUCCCCCUCACACACUGCUGUGGUCCAGGUAUCAGGCAUGCUGAGCAGCAGGACAAGGCAACCCAAACACUCAGUCCAUCCUCUUCCACUCAAGAUGUCAUGUUGCCAUGUGGAGUCACUGAAGAGCCCCAGAGACUCUUCUAUGGGAAUGCUGGGUACCGUUUACAUGUCCCCCCAGUUGGCUUUGCAUUGAAUCCGCACCUCCAAGAGGAGCCUCGGGAAGGUCAACGGGAAGCACGUGCUGAGGUUCAGAUUGCACGGAAGUUACAGUGCAUUGCAGACCAGUUCCACAGGCUCCACAUACAGAGGCAUCAGCAGAACAGAAAUCAAGUGUGGUGGCAGAUCCUUCUCUUCAUACAUAACUUGGCCUUAAAUGUGGAGGCGAACAGGAACCACGUAGGUCAGAGGUGAGACUCCUCCACCUGUUCCAGGUCACAUCCAGUCUGCAGGGAGCACUGAACAAACACUGGUCUGGGGGAGAGAGACAUGCACACCGCCGGCCGGAUGUGAGGACUCUGUCAAACUUUUACUCAUCUUCUCAAGCUUUUUUUUUUUUUUCUCCCCUCCCCCCUCGGACUCUUCUUUACUGCUUCUUGCCUGAUGAGGCUGGGAGCUCUUGUCCAACACUGUUGAAGGAAAGUCUUAGAAUUUGGAUGUGUUUGGUAAAGCUUGCUGCUGAUUCCCCAAAUCAGUAACCUCUAUGCAAGUGAGGCAGGUAGUAGAUGAACAGGUUCCUCUGCUCUGUGUUGUCGAUUUUUUUUAUUUUUUUUUUAUUUUAAUUGAUAGAAUGCAGUGUGUUGUAAUUUUGGCUGCUGGUUAAUGAUGGUGUCUGGGACUGAUGGCUCUAAAUGUACUUUGGGCUACUUCCAGAUUAGAGACACUUGACUCCUCUAUGGGAUAACUUUGAAAAAAAGUUCUUUUUAGAAACAAUUACGCUUAAGUAGCUUAUGUACAGCAGCAGGUGGGUCACUGAUUUUUUUCCCUGAAUUUUAUUACCAGGGAGACUUGUAAAAAUCUAGUUUUGUUUAAUGACUUAAUUGGCCCAAGUUGGACAUCCUUCAUGUGAAGUCGCUCUUUGUCAUUGCCACUAAUAGAUGGAAUUGUUUCUGUUAGAAGAAGAGUCUUCAGAAUCUUUCAGAAGAUGUUGGUGACUCUUCAGGAUCUUUGUGCAAAGGGCUGUUUGGUCCUGUACACUAUAUACUGUCCCCAUAAACCAGGAUAGAGCUGUUAAAGAUGGAAUAUAAUCUAAGCAUCAUUCUUCUGGAAUUGUUAAUCUGUAUAUUUUUGUUAGUGCUCUGGUGGAUUUCCCCCCCCCCCCCUCCUUAUCAUAUGCGCUGUUAAGAAGAUUCAGAUCCCAAGCAUCUGAUAUGUUUGCUUCAUGAUUUGACUAGGAGAUUAGUUAGUAAUUACUUUGAACCCCGACACUGCAGGUUUGUACAAGUAAUCGCUCUAUUAUUCUAAUGAGUAAUACUGGAAGUGAUAUUAGUGUACACUGACAACAGAAAUACUACUUGGAGUGAUAGCUCAUUGUCAUUGACUUGUGACUGUUCUGGUGUUUUUAAAUCUGUUUGGCUGUCACUCUUGGAACAGGGAUGGGGAACUACCUCCCCCAAAAAUUUGGGUUUCGUUUGUUCAUGAAGUGUGAAAUACUAAGGGAAAAGGAUAUAGCCUCUGCUUUCCACAGACUGUUUCCAUACUUGCCCAGAGCUAAUUCUAAAUCACAAAUUAUAAAACUAACACUAGGAAAAAUCUUUCUGGACAGUUGCCCUUCAGUCCUGCUACAGCUGUCAACACAGAGGGGUUCUGGAGCUCCUGGUCUGCUUUGAAGCCUAAUGAACAGUAAAGAAUCACUGUAUUGGAAGAGGAGUUUUCUUGCACAUUCUCCUUCCCCUCCACUUCCCCCCUUUUCUUGCCCUUCUUUAAGUCUGUUUCCAUCUCUGAUAUUUGUAAUGACCCAGUUCCCAUGUACCCUCAGUAACCCCAUUAAAGUGCCAGGUCAUGA